CAGAUUUCAGUUGCUGUCGCAUCUUUCGAUCUUCAAACUAAACACCUUCAUUUUCACCUUUGUAGGGCGAGCGUGGGAUUGCUUGUAUAUUAAUCCAUUAAAAUACACAUAAAGUAACUUUAUAAGCCGAGUAAAAGAUGGCUUCGUUCAAAGAUUCCUUGCCGGCCGAUUUAUUCGACCAAACCACUCUCGUUUCGCUAGCCUCUACCCUCGCGAUACUAGCAACAGCAUACCUUCUGUCCCUCCAAGCACUCGACCGAACUACACCGGGCAGCCAUCGCUUCCUGUUCAUAUGGCACGCAUUCGACGCAUUGAUUCACUUCUUCCUUGAGGGAAGUUUCUUAUACCACUGCUUCUUCUCAUGGAUUCCACUUUCAAGCGUCUCGAACCCGCACGCUUUAGCCCCAACUGCGCAUAACUUCCUCGGAUACACCAACCGCGCCUAUGGCCCGCAAGCCGGCGGCGACAACCCUUUUGCGCAACUAUGGAUGGUGUAUGCGAAGGCAGACCGACGAUGGGGUGGUGCUGAUCUGGCCGUCAUCAGUCUCGAACUCCUAACUGUCUUCGUCGCCGGCCCUCUCGCCUGCCUCAUCUGCUACGGCAUCUCGAAGAAAGACCCACGCACCAAUAUCCUAAUGAUCGUAAUCGCGACCAUGGAGAUCUACGGCGGUUUCAUUACCUUCUGCCCCGAGUGGUUGACCAUGAACUACAACCUCGACGCCAGCAACUUUAUGUACAAGUGGGUGUAUCUGGUCUUCUUCAACAUGCUCUGGGUAUUCAUCCCCUUUUAUGCGAUUUGGGUCGCUGUUAAGGAUAUCAACCAUGCUUUUGCUGUGAGGGAUAAGGCUGCGUCGGCAAAUAAGUCGAAGUGAGAGUUAUGGGGAAUGGGAAAUGAAGUGCUUGCUUGAGUUGUGCAAUUGUUUCUACGGCUGUGUUAUGCUGCUUGUAUUUUAAAUGCUAAUCCGCAGGUUACGGAUAUGAUACCCAAUCUUAACUAUACCCUGUUGUCAGCAAGCUAUUCGCCAAUGAACACAUUAUCCGUUUAAUAGGUAUUUUGGAAUCUGAAUAUAUUUGGGAUAUUUCAUGAUCAUUCAAGUCUCGCAUGCAUUAUCGAUAGUAUUUAUCACAAGAGUGAUCUUCGA